AUGGCUCCUUCCUGCAAGAACCCAUCUGGUCCUCAUCUUCUUCUUCUUCUCCUUGUCACCUUCCUUACAUUAACAGUGCCUUCCAUAUCCAAAUCCAAGAGCCAUUUUUACGAGUGGAAUUCCUGACCGAAUUAGUGGGCGCCCACCUGCCUCCUCCUCUUCUUCAUAUGCUGCUCCUCUGUCCUGGCAAUUUUUCCUCGCUUCUUUCGCUCUGUUUGCUUGGUUGGGUGCUCUGCUGCUCUCUCCGCCUCGGGCCCUCCUCCUCAUCCUCGCCCUCUCCCCUGUCGCAGCCGUCGUGCCUUGCCGCUUCGGAGCCCGGGCUGGCCUCGCCGCCCGCCGGGGUAGAGGUUGUUCCUGGCGAGGUUUUACGGAGGAAGAAAGGUUGGGGUUUUGGUUGGGAUUUCUUUUUCGUGCUUCGUGGAAUCCGGGGCACGUUCGUGUAAGGCAAUUUCGGUUGUUUUGACAAAUCUUGGAGUUCCUGUGCUUUGAUUCUUGGCGGCGCUCCGUGCUUGGGACGGACCUUCCAUUUAUGCUUCUUGCAAAUAUCCCCCAGAAUUCAAAGCGGUGGAAGCAAUUCUUCAGUGAGAAGGCUUGGUGUCUGUUUGAUAAACCAAAGCUCUAAUAUCUCUAUUGAUUCAAGAAUUGAAGGAGUAGGCGUUGAUGUGGAGGUUUGAGGUCGAGCUUUGAGUGGGAGAAAAAAAUCGUACCUGAUUGGAGAAUGAAUUCUUAUCCCUAGGCUCUCAGUUUUCAGUUUGGUUGAUGCAAAGCCUUGAAGUGGACGAAUUUUUCUUGGGACUGUUGUUUCUGUGAGGAUUUGAGAGCUGUGUGUGAGGUCAAAAGAAAUCAAUGGCGUCGCUAUCGGAGAGUGAGGGGACAAAUAGGGGGAGCAUGUGGGAACUAGAUCAGAACCUUGAUCAACCCAUGGAUGAGGAAGCAAGCAGACUGAAGAACAUGUACAGAGAAAAGAAGUUCUCAUCAGUUUUGUUACUACGACUCGCAUUUCAGAGCCUUGGGGUGGUCUUUGGUGACUUGGGGACAUCACCAUUGUAUGUGUUCUAUAACGCCUUUCCUCAUGGAGUAGAUGACGACGAGGAUGUUAUUGGAGCUCUUUCCUUGAUCAUCUACACCCUUACUCUCAUCCCUCUUCUGAAGUAUGUUUUUGUUGUCUUGCGGGCAAAUGACAAUGGUCAAGGUGGUACAUUUGCUCUUUAUUCACUACUCUGCCGUCAUGCAAAGAUCAGCACUAUACCAAACCAACACAAGACUGAUGAGGACCUAACAACAUAUAGUCGGCAAACUUAUGAGGAGAACUCACUUGCAGUAAAAAUAAAGAGAUGGCUAGAGACACGCGCAUAUAAAAGAAACUGCCUUCUUAUUCUUGUCCUCAUUGGUACUUGCACAGCUAUCGGAGAUGGAAUCCUUACUCCUGCUAUAUCAGUUCUUUCUGCAUCGGGUGGAAUAAAAGUUCAAAAUCCAAACAUGAGUACUGAUAUUGUUGUAGUUGUUGCCGUGGUCAUCUUAAUUGGAUUAUUUAGCAUGCAACACUAUGGUACGGACAAAGUUGGAUGGCUGUUUGCACCUAUAGUUCUCAUCUGGUUCAUUCUAAUUGGAAGCGUCGGAGCACUGAACAUACACAAGUAUGGUAAUUCGGUGCUAAAAGCAUUUAAUCCCAUCUAUAUAUACCGGUAUUUCCGAAGGAAAGGGAAUACUUCAGACAGCUGGACUACUCUUGGAGGAAUCAUGCUUAGCAUCACAGGAACUGAAGCAUUAUAUGCCGAUCUAUGCCAUUUUCCUGUAUUGGCCAUUCAGAUUGCCUUCACCUUGAUUGUAUUCCCAUGCCUUCUACUGGCAUACACAGGGCAGGCUGCUUAUAUAAUUUCCCACAAGGAACAUGUGUCUGACGCCUUUUAUCGCUCCAUUCCAGAUGCCAUAUACUGGCCAGCCUUUAUUAUAGCAACUGCUUCAGCCAUAGUUGCAAGUCAAGCCACCAUAUCUGCAACCUACUCAAUAAUAAAGCAAGCUCUUGCACUUGGCUGUUUUCCCCGUGUGAAGGUAGUCCACACCUCGAAGAAAUUCCUGGGGCAGAUUUAUAUCCCUGACAUCAAUUGGCUCCUCCUGAUUCUUUGUGUUGCUGUGACUGCUGGAUUCAAGAACCAAAGCCAAAUAGGAAAUGCAUAUGGCACCGCAGUUGUUAUAGUUAUGCUAGUAACAACGUUCCUGAUGGUACCAGUAAUGCUGCUGGUCUGGAAGAGUCAUUGGAUCCUUGUUGUCACCUUUAUUGUGCUCUCCUUGAUGGUAGAGCUACCCUACUUCUCGGCUUGCAUAUUAAAGAUCGACCAAGGCGGUUGGGUCCCACUUGUCAUUGCAACAACAUUCUUUAUCAUCAUGUACGUGUGGCACUAUUGCACCGUGAAGCGGUAUGAAUUUGAGAUGCACAGCAAGGUCUCAAUGGCCUGGAUUCUUGGCCUCGGUCCGAGCCUUGGUCUUGUCAGGGUUCCAGGGAUAGGCUUUGUGUAUACUGAGCUCGCAAGUGGCGUCCCUCACAUAUUCUCCCACUUUAUCACCAACCUACCUGCUAUCCACUCAGUUGUUGUCUUCGUGUGUGUGAAGUAUCUUCCCGUCUACACUGUCCCAAUGGAGGAGCGGUUCCUUGUGAGGAGGAUUGGGCCAAAGAACUUCCAUAUAUUCCGUUGCAUCGCAAGGUAUGGAUAUAAAGACCUCCACAAGAAAGAUGACGAUUUUGAGAAGAUGCUCUUCGACUGCCUCACCUUAUUCAUCCGACUUGAGAGCAUGAUGGAUGGUUAUUCAGAGUCUGACGAGUUCAGCGUGCCAGAGCAAAGGACAGAGGGAUCAAUCAAUAACACAUUUCUGGGAGAAAAAACUAUCAACACAAUGUGCUCCAAUGGUGAUCUGAGCUACUCAUCACAGGAUUCUAUUGUCCCGGUGCAGUCACCCUUCAGGGUGAAUAAUCUAUUGACGUAUUCAAGCCACGCCAGCCAGACAGUCAGCAACGAACUAGAGUUCUUGAACCGGUGCAAGGACGCCGGUGUCGUCCACAUCCUAGGGAACACCAUUGUGCGCGCACGGAGAGAUUCGGGAAUCAUCAAGAAGGUCGCUGUGGAUUACAUGUAUGCUUUCAUGAGGAGGAUCUGCAGGGAAAACAGUGUGAUUUUCCAUAUUCCCCAUGAGAGCCUUCUUAAUGUUGGGCAAAUAUACUACAUUUGAAACAUCUAAGCAAGAAGCUAUGAUGUACUGGUAUGGAGGAGGGGGCUGUUGUACUGUUGUACACUAUGAAUAGGAGACAAGUUCUUGUUCAUGGCCUCAUGGGGUAUAAGUAGAAAUAGCUUCAAAUUUUGUUUUGUGUAGUUCAUCUUUUAGGCAUGUUCAUGCUGGAAAUGUUCAUGUUUUUGCAUUGUUCAUGUAAGAUUCAGAUGCUUUGCCAUAAAAUAGUACUAUCAUGUAAGGUGAUAGUUUUGUCCUACAGGUUCUUAAAAAAAGGGUGUUUCACUCGGAAUUCAUGGAUUCAAAAAUAAAUAAAUAAAUUGCCGCUUCCAAA